AAGUGGAGAAGUCGUGAAAGAAACUUUUUUUCGCAUGAACAUGGCGUCUCCAGGUAAUUCUAAGAGUUGUAAAAGCAAGACUGACCAUGAAAAAAAUGAUGACCAUUCGAACAAAAACGAAAACCACGUGUCUACUUCGGCAAAGACGGCGUCGUCGGGUAUAUCACGGUCGAUAUUCGAUCCCUUAUCGCGACAACAUAGCGACCAGAAGGAUGGAGCUCCUGCCAAGAACCAGAACCAGGUCCAUCGCAGGGGCGAAGCACCGACCUCUAACUCUGGUGCCUUGGGUUUUUUUCCACAUCAUCUUCAAGAAACAACAAAUAGUGUUAGUGCAAGUGCAGCCGUCCCCGCCUCAACGGCUUUGAUUACACGUCUUACCGCAGAUGUAGAGCGUUUGCAAGGUAAAAUACUGCGCAUGCAGGAUGUGCAUGCUAAGGAAGUGCAAAAGUACAAACAGCGAAUCUGUAAGUUGGAGGAACAGGUACGACAAUCUUCGAGAAAUGUCGCAGUGUCUUCGUCGUCCAGUGCGUCGACGUCAUCGAUCACGCCUAAGGCAGCUAGAGAAGGGUCUUCUGGAGUGAAUGGUCGCAAGGUAGUUGUACAAGAAGGACAACUACAGGGAGGAGGUUUCUUGAGCAGCAGUUAUACUAGUCCUCCGACGACUUCGGCUUCGCAUUUACCAGUACCGCACUCUGUUGUAGGUCAACAUCAACGAGAAAUCAGUACGAACAACAGGAACAACAUUCAGACACCUCAACCAGUACUAGAAUCCGUUUCUGCACCAGGUUCUGCGUUCAAGAAACAGGGUAUCGCACCCCGAGUGCCGGGACCUGCAAUCACUCCUGAACUUGCUGAUUUCGUCAAUCUUCAUGCAGAUGAACUACAACCUAAAAAAAGGUCCAAUUUCGUUGAUAUCGAAUCCUUACUGCGACAUGGAAGACGAUCCGAGCCGCCAGGGAGAAAGCCCUCAUCGAGGAAGAAGAAAUAUUAUGGUCAGCUUUUUUCCAUCAUUCUCGGCAUCUUGGUCCCCUUUUCCCUUGUAUUCUCGUGAAAUACAAGGUAAAAGGGACCCCAAGAAAAGGGAGGCCGAGACGCAAUCUAGCAGACUCUAAAAAUCCUUCUCACAUACUCGAAGUACUAGUAACUUCAACGUCAAGAAGGACCACAUGAAAGCUGGAGGAACAAACUACUCUGGCUCUUCUUCGUCGUCCUCGUCCUCAUCUUCUUCCUCGUUGCUGCUACAACAACAAAGAGCAGGCGAAACAUCUAGAAGACAUGAUGCUGCAGGGGUCAGAAGUGGGGGUCUUGGUGUACAAAAUGUUGUACCUCCACUAGUAGCUGGAUCUUCUUGUUCUACAACAAGUAGUACUACGACAGCAGGAGCACCAACAUCGGCGGCUCGAGAUAAAAAAGAUAAUCUUCAUAAUUAUUAAGGCUCAGCUUUCAAUGGUCAUUGGGGUUGGUCACUGAGAUCGAAGAAGCGACCCCUUUGGAAAACAGGGGAAAAGGAAGGGAAAGGAGGGAGCUUUAAAGGGGGUCUCUUCCGUUCAGCAUCAGUGACCAUUGAAUGCUGAGCUUUAAAAUUAUGAGAAUUCACGACAAGGAGCACAACCACAGAACUAUCUUCAUAAUGAUGAGAAUUCACGACAAGGUCAAGGAGCACAACCACAGCUCCAUAUUAAUGUUGAUGAGAAUUUACGACAAGGAGAACAACCACAGAACUAUCUUCAUAAUGAUGAGAAUUCACGACAAGGAGCACAACCACAGCUCCUGGCCACCUUGAAGAUCAACUGUCCAGGACCUCUAGACCACAAUCCACCGCCCGUUCCAGAGAACGUUUGGGCUCGCAUCGCGUAUGUUAAGGUCCAUCAACUUGUUUCAUUGCUCAUAGAGGUUCGUUGGCCACUGAAAUCGAAGAGGGCCCCCUUGAGAGAACAGGGGAAAACAAGUGAGGGAAAACAAGUAGAGAGAUGCAGUGGGGUCCCUCCCGUUCAGAGUCAGUGACCAAUGACAACUGCUGACCUUUAAGUAUGAGCGUGAAAACCCAGAGUUUCGUGAGCCGAUGCCAAAACGACAGCGCACCCAAGUAGACGAGUAUCCUAUGUGCUAUACGCCAUCUGGGUUUUGGGAACUAGGAUUUGCGAAGACACAACAAACUGGGACCUUCUUGGUUAGUGACGUGGCCUCCAAGGAGCUUGAUGGUGGAGUAAAUGAGCAACUACAUCAUCUUCAUCAAGAGCAGAGAAAUGACCUUGGUAAAGUUAACGAUAGAGGUGGACACGAGGAAGGGGAAGAAGGUCAAGGCUUAUUGAAGGAUAAGAAGAGUAGUAGUAGCUCUAGCUCGUCUACGUCCAUACUGCAACUAAAUCCUGCUUUCUGAGGGACCACAAUUAGCGAAUCAAGCAAAAGAAAGUAUUCGUCUUCGAGAAGUGUAAGUCGAUGAAGUGUAAUUUCGACAAUAGAAC